AUGCUUCGAAAAGCUUCUUUCAUAACCAUCUUCUUCUAUUGUUUUGUUUUAAUAUCAUGUCAGCCGGAUCACGCAAUUGGCAACUUGCCGUAUAGAAACAGGAAACAUUUUCGUUGGAGCAACUGGACUCAUUCGUUCCAUGGACCAUGGAAUUCGUUUUAUCUCAAGGACGUGCAAAGCGACGUUCUUUUGAAUGGAGUCGUUAAUCUAGGCAUUGUGAAGGAUGUUUCGGGUGCAAUAUCUGAAUGGCCGUUUGGGAAGGAGCUCAAGUUCGUCACUGGUCAACAACCAAGUAUCGCUUUGCUGGACGUGAACGGGAACAUCCGGUCUGAGUAUUGCAACCUUCAGCUACAAUGCACUGAGGUCGCAGCUUGGGUAACAGCCUCUCUCUUCAACAACCCUGCAUGCAGCACCCUCUUUGGAAACACAAGCGUGCGAACUGUGAAUGGAGUUGCGAGGUUCACAGAUCUAAUGAUCCCUGCUGCAGGGAAAGAUUUCAAACUGAUGUUUUCGGUCGGGACUACCUUUCUUUCAGUGGUUGAAGGACAAGCAACGUUCACGGAUCUGAAAUUCUUCGGUGCUGCAGCAAAUUUUCACAUGAUGUUUGCAUCUGAUCGUCUGUUGCUUCUUCAUGACGUACAACCGGCCACUGUUGCGGGGAAAGGACUAACUUCGAUACCCACCAUCAACUUGGUGGAUGCGUACAGCAAUUCCAUACUUAGCGAAGGUUGGAACAUCAAACUAUCAACGACGGCUGUCUUUUCUGAGACUGGGGGUGUUGCCUAUUUCCCGAAUCUACUCUUUGAGAUAAAGGCUAGUGGGGUUCGAAUCAGAUUCUUGGCCACGAAAGGGAAUCAAACUGUAGGACCCAUCUCCACAUCCAGUUUUCAGAUCGUUGAAAACAUCUUGGACAAGAUGGUCGUUGCCAAUUACCCCAGGAGUGAAGCGUGGACGGAUGCAAACAAUCCUCCUCGCGGUGCAACUGCAGGAUUUCCUUUUGCGAACCAGCCAGCAGUCAAAUUUGUAGAUUUCUACGGCAAUCAAGUCAACUUGCAGAAUGAGCCUGUCACUUGUACUUUAAGAGGAGGAGGUUCUGUUUCAAACCUUCUUGUGGGGAACAAAGUUGUUGUUACCAACAACGGGUUUGCAUCAUUCACUGACCUUACAGUGACAAAAGUUGGUACAUAUUGGCUAGAGUUGAAGACCGCUUUGUUCCUUGAAAACACCCCCACAUUCAAUGUGGUGCAUGGACCUAUAUCAAUGAUAGCAUACGUACAACAGCCUGUUAACAACUCCAACAAAGAGGCAAUGAAUCCGCAGCCCGCUGUGAUGAUUAGCGAUCAGUUUGCCAAUACAGUUCUGUUGCCAUACACUCUGACACUUCGUGUACAUUCCAAAAGAGUUUCAGGAUUUCUACAAGGUUCAAAUAUUGAUCCGUACACAUAUGUCUCCUGUGCAAGAUGUACCACCGAUUACUCUCCAAGAUUCAAUACAAAUCAGGGGUUCAUUUACUUCACAGACCUGUCAAUCGUUCUGGAUCCAAGUCGAGAAAAUGAUUUUGGCCUCGCGCUUGAAGCCGUCGCGACUAAUCUGAGCGCCUGCGAAGUGAUUGGCUCCGCUUUUAUUUGUAGCCCCGCUGCUGAAUUUGUUCAUGGGCGAAAAGUCUUGUCAGUAUCACAGCCAUUCAACACGUACACCAUAAGAGCUCUUAGGAUCCAGUCCCAACCGAGCGAUACCAUCGCCUCCAGGAACAUCUUGGAUGUGAAGUCUCAACCUGUCAUGGUUGCCUUGUAUACGUCAGAUUUCCUGUACAUGGCGCACCUGCCUCGUUUUCAGCUUGAGGCGAGGCUGUUCUAUGAUAAUGGAGAUGCCUCGCAAUGUUUGGACACCUCUAGCAAUGCCCCAUGUCUGGGUGCUUGUGAAAUCAAUGGAGUGCUGUGUGACGGGAGGUGCCCUAGUCAACUUGGUUAUUCCGGGGCGAUGUUCGCUAACUUCUCCAAAGAUAAGACCCUGAUAAAGAACGUCAACUACACUGGGUUGGCUCAGCGUCCUGGGUGUGCAUACAGGAUGAUCUGUAACGGAGAAAACGGAGUUGCUCGUUGUACGGAUCUGAAAGUCAAUCGCGCUGGUCGCUACUACUUUUCCUUUGGAUAUCCCCUCUGUGCGGUCGAUCCGGUUGCUCCUUGGCUAUUUUCUUGUGGCUCCAGUGUCAUCAACAGCAACAUGUUUCAGGUCCUUCCAGAGACUGCAGCUCCAGCCUUGCUCCAGACCAACUGUCUUGCAUGUAGAAAUCCUACGAUUGAAAAAGUUGGUCAGCCUCUGAGGCUGCAGCCAAGAAUCAUUCUUGUUGACAAAUCCGGCAAUAGCCUCAGUGCAGUGAAUCUUUCAGUUCGAAUUUCAAGCUCGGAUGAUUGUGCAAGUGACUUGUGUUUGCCAUUCAGUGCUGGCAUGAUUGAAAAUGGCAAGUUUGUACAAGGAAGGAUCAAGGCAUGCAACUGUCUGUCUGGAAACUUGUCAGCUGUCACUGUGAAUGGCUAUGCAACCUUCACUAGUUUACAGAUCAACACAGCCUUUACCUCGAUUAAGCUCACCUUCUACUACGAUGAAGUCGUCAAGAAUGUGUCGUCCUCAUUCGAAGUGAAGACUGAGCCAUCUUCAAGGAUAUUCGUCCUCUCACAACCGUAUGCUGUGCAGGCUGGGUCGCAUCUCCGAGUGGUAGCUGGACUGUUUGACAGGAACAAUUUUCUGGUACCCGACGACAACACUUCACUCGUGCAGCUGACUAUGCAGUCAUUGCGAUACAUCGUAUGUUCUUCGCCCCCAUGUACAACCCAGCGUGCAAUCAACGGAUAUGCAGAGUUCAAAUUCUUGAUUUUGAACUCGACGUUUGAUCAGCGUGUCUUACUGAAUUUUAGUUCAUGUCAAGGCCAGCUUUGCGCCACUGGCACCACUUCAAGCCUUCCCUUUUCUGUCUUUCACUCUGAGCCCGCAAGUGUUGAAGUCACACAACAGCCCGAGAAUUCUGUCUCAGAGAUCUUCUUUCAGCCUCCUCCUCGAGUUGCCUUGAUCGACAAGUACGGAAACCGAAUCGAACCGAUCCCGACGGCUCUGAACUUGUUCGGGUUUGUGUCCGCCUGCGAUUCCUUCACCCUGGAGUUGAAGUGCAUGAGUUCAGCUUGCGGCAUGGCUCCUGUGACGGUGAUAGAGAGGCAAGACCAAGACCUCACGCAAUGUUGUGUCUUGAUCUACCAGAACCAGACAAAUGCAUUCAACUGUUCUCGUCGCAGUGAUACAAACAUCUCCUUGGGAUAUCUCUUCGAAGCAAGCCUGUUGACAUCCCUAGAAGGGCAGCCGACAGUCGAGACUCUGCUGCCUGCUGAUCGAGUCUCCGUGUUGGCAAGUGGCGCUUCAGUGAUCAGACCCGUCAUUCCUCACUUGUUGGGAACCUCCAACAUCUUCUCCAAUGGUCCUGUCACUUUCAACCAGCUCGCAGUGGACGCGGCGGGCGCCUACCGUCUGAAGUUCAGUCAGAGCUCGUUCACGAUCAUCUCAAGUGUCUUCAAGAUCACUUACGGUCAGCCUUCCCGACUGCAUGUUUUGAACUCUACGAUCAGCCCAGUCGCCGGUCGCACUUUAGAUCCGUUGACAACCGUUGUGACAGAUCACUACGGCAACCAAGUUCUCAACUUCACCGGUCGCAUUCGUGUCGCAGCUCACAUAACAGGCCUCCCAGCCCAGCAAAUCCCCUUGUACGGCACCAUUGAGCCUUACGCUAAGCAGGGCAGCAGUGUCUUCAGCGACCUGAUGAUGAACAAGACUGGAAGCAGCUGCGGUGCUGAUGGCUGUGUCGUUCCUGAUGUUCGAUUUGUUUUCACGACUCAGGUUGAGUGCAAAGAGAUGUCUUGCAUGGAGAAUUGUACCGUAACUGCUGGAAAGUGCUACCUAGAACUCUCUGCCCACUCCUCCUCCUUCAGGAUUCAGAGCGAUCAAUUUUUCAACAUUGCAUUCCGUGAAACACCUCCUUCAACGUUCGUGAAGGGAGCGAUAUCUCAAGUUGCAAUCUUGGCCGAGGACAAGUAUGGAAAUGUUGUCGUAGACUCUCAGGCACAGGUCUGUGUCAAGCUCUUCGAGAACAAUCGAGAGAUCUUCAACUUGACUGCUGUAGAUUUGAACGAUCAGCAGAAAAGUGUUAAGCUUGUCAACUUCACAACUGGGCAAUCUAUCAUCAACCUGAGAUUUUCGGCCGCUGGAUCGAGUUGGAAUGUCGUCUUCUAUUACAUGUGCGAAAAUGUGGUGAAAUUGACCUUGUCAAAUAUAAGUGUGCUAGUCAUAGAUCACCUUUAUGUUGUCAACCAGCCAGGCACGAGUGUUGCAGGAAAUUUUCUAUCACCUCCGCUGCAAGUUCAACUCUGCUCGCAGUGUCCGCAGACGUGCUGUCUGUUGGUUGCUAACGUGGACAUGACUGUUGAGGCGAGAUAUGAGGAAUUGUGUGCCGCUCCCUCUUGCGGUUUAGAAGGAAGAACAACAGAAAAGGUUCAACAAGGGAUAGCUUUGUUCUCUCAGCUCAAUCUGACACGUUCUGGCUAUCUACGCCUGACGUUUGCGGUACAAUAUGCGACAUUGAACAGCAGCAGGUUUUAUGUGAGUGCUGCAAGUCCAAGGCUUCUGAGCAUCCUACAACAACCGCCUGCUUGCUCGGUCAUUGCUGAUGAUUCCAUGACUGUACGGGUGCAAGUGAAGGAUAGGUUCAAAAAUGAUGUAUUUGAAAACGGAACGAUGAUUACUGUCAAGCUUUACAAGUACAAUACUAGUGGAAUUUAUGAAUGCACUUCAGAUUGCUUGUUCCAGCCUCGUUCUGUUGGAGCUGUCAAUGGCAUCGCCACGUUUGAUAGCAUCUUUGUCGGCAAAUCAGCCUUCAGAUAUAAGUUUGGUUUGGUUUUGAGUUACUCGCCAUCUGGACUGGAAGAGAUUCUCAGUGAAUCGUUUUCCGUUGCCCCCGGUGAGAUUGCAGCCAUUAGUUUCAUCAGCCAGCCAGUCAAGGUGUCGAAUCGCCGGACGUUGGUAGCGGGAAUUUCAUUCAGGUAUGAGCUGGAAGUGCAAGACAAGUACGGCAACCGAAUGUUUCUCCCCGAGAAUUGUUCACUCGCCAGCAACGAGUGUUUGUCCAGGAGAUUUCAGCCAAUAAAGCUGCUGAUUCAAGUCACGUCUACUGCCCAGCUUGACGAGAAGGUUGUGACAGUGAACACAACCAACGGUCUUGCGUUCUUCAAUCUCACACUUCAAAAGGUCGGCUAUCCUUACUCUAUAACAGCGCAGAUCGUUCCAGACAGUACGUGCAACUUUUCUCUUUUUGCUCGAGGUGAUGAUAUCCAAGUGAUUCCGAAUCAGCCGCAUAGCGUCGUAGUCAUAAAUCCGGCGUCUAAAAACUUCUCCCUGAUCAACCUCCAAACAAAUCAGUUCCUUGUGGACUUCGAUGCAGGAACAAGUGCUUACGUCGAUGUGCAGAUCCUGGACUCUCAAAACAACCCGAUCGUUGAUUUCUCCGAUGGGGUGACAGUUUUGCUUGUGUCGAAUCCGUCUUGUAGAAAGUAUGACCUUGCUAGCUUCUUAGUGUGUAGCAGCCCAAGUACGAGUUGCUUGUCUUCAACUCCAGACGAUUUCAAGCCCGUGUCAGGCCUUUCUCUGCCUGAAGUUUGUGGCUCAACAGCCGUACAGGCGCAAAAGCUUUCUUUCAACUCCGGAAAAGCACGAGUGGCUGUGAACAUGAAAGGAGCAGGGGUGAACUAUCAACUGCAAAUCUGUCCCUCUUCUUCGACCAACUGCAGCAACUUCACGUCCUCCUUUCUCGAUCAGUCUUGUUCCAGCCUGACAAGUUCGUGGUGCAAGAUUACCCCAGCCUCAACAAGGCCAUUCUCUGUCCGGCCUCUCAACCUGCAGAAGGUCACUGCUGCUGAGUGUCCCACCCUUGGCGUGUUGACUGUCGGUGGGAACCUUUCUUGCAUUAUCGCCCUGAGUGAUCAGUACGGGAAUGUGAUCCAAGGCGCACAAGCUUCUGCCACUUACAAUGUUGUCUUGUCCUAUGAUGGUCUGGUGAUUUCCUCGAUACCAACGGUCAUGACAGCCAUUGACGGGCUUUUGCGCGUCAAUAUUCCUCAGAACUCAUCGGAUUUCCUGUCUCCCUUCCGCGCUCCUGCUUCCAAUGCUCGUAUCCGUAUCCAGGUCAGCUCCCUUGCUGGAGUUCAACUGCCCGCUGUCCUCUCCCAGCCCUUUUCCGUGGUGGUUGGCGACAUCUCAACGAUCAGAUUUGAUCAGGUCAUCCCAGUCACGAUCGCCUCUCAAGACCUUUCCGCAGUCACACUCUCCUUUGUCGACGUAUUCAAAAACAAGAUCGGAGCAUUCAAUCAGACGUUUGACAUCGCUUUCAACUUGACGGGAGAGACGAAUGGUUACAAUCAGCCACUGCCAAAUGCACGCCAACUUGCUGGGGAUUUCAAGCUUGCAGCAACCAAAGUUCCGAGCACCCUUGGCAAGUACUUUGUCAGUGUUUUGGUUACUCCAAUUUCCACUGGUCCAGUCACGAGCCCCUUGGUUGGGGCAUCAAAUGUGUUUGAUGUUGUGAGUGGAUACGCUGAUUCACUCAAGAUUGUUUCAAAUCCCAGUACAAGUGUGCAGUACGAAACCAUCCUGAACCCUCCUUCAGUUCUUGUUCUAGAUUUGAAUGGAUUGAAUUUUUCUUGCCCGAUACACGUGGAUGUGAGCCUGGAUUAUAUCAGCACUGGAAAUCUCCCGAUAUUUCUUGGGCGACAAGAAUACAAAGCAAAUCAAAUCUUAACUUUCACAGAGCUGAGGGUUAAUGUGGCAGGAACUUUUAGGUUGAAAUUUUCGUUCUGUAGGUACGAAGCCCUGAAGCAGAAUGGAUGUCCAAGUGGUUGGAGCUUGGCUGACGUCCAAACUUCGUGUUACGACCGGGCGAAUAGCAACGGGAUUGUGCAAGGUUUCAGUUCAAACUUUCUUGUCCUCCAGAAAACUGCAUUGAAAGUGAACGAAAUGAUUGGAACUUAUCGCAACAUGACGCCUUCGAUAAGCACCUUGCCAAGAGUUCUAAGUGGUCAACCGCUGGGCCCUAUCACCGUCUCGAUUCUGGGGGCGAAUGGGCUGCAGCUUUUGCUGUCUGUUGCCAACGUUUCUGUUUCUCUAUUUCCUGACUCCUUGACCGACAUUGUUGGAGCAACAAUUCAAUCGGCUUCCAACGGUCUAGCGACAUUUACAGAUCUUAAAGUUACAAGGCCGAUGGCAUACCAGAAGUUGAAAUUUCUUGUUUCAGCUCCUGUGCCAUACACCAAUGAUCUGAUAGCAUACUCAAACGUCUUCAACGUUGAAGCUGUAGACGUGAUUCAUCUUGUUAUCGCGACACAGCCCGGCACGUCGGUAGCAGGUCAGGUCUUGAGCCAGCAGCCCGAGAUCCACGUGGUUGAUUUUGACUUCAACGUCAAAGGUCAUUGCGAUUUGCUGUUUGACAACCUCGUCUCGAGUGAUGCUUUGGUGGCAGGUACCUGGGCCGGACAGCUUUCAGCGACUCUUUCGGUCUCCAAUGUGGUGCUUCAGGGAACGGCGGGCGCUGACCCAGGCGUUGUGAUUGCUGCUGGAUCUGGAGGGGUUGCCAAGUUUAGCGACCUGAGGAUAGACAAGGCAGGGACAUAUCAGCUGAAGUUUUACGUGAAAGGAUCCACAGGAUACAUCUAUGGCUUGGAGGACGUGAUGGUUUCGACGUCUUUCACUGUUGAACCUGCCGCAACGAGCUCGUUGGUUAUUGUGCUUCAACCAGGCAACAUGGUGUCUGGAUACCCGAUGGACAUCCAGCCCGUUUUGAACAUGUACGAUCAGUUUGGAAACUUACUGACUCACUACUCCUCUAACGGAUCAGUCAUGUAUGAAAUCUCAGCUUCGCUCUCUGGUUUUGCAGGAAGUGUUUUAACAGGAACGUCAACAGUCACCCCUCAAUCCGACGCAACUGUCAAGUUCACAGACCUAAGCGUGUUGGGCUCGGUGUCAGAAGAUUAUAAGCUGGUCUUCACCUUGAACGGGACUGACUUGCAGGUUUCGUCAAACUCCUUUGCUGUGAGAUCUUUCGACGCUAUCACUAUCGUUCAGCAGCCCGCGAACCCGUCAUUCGCGAACCUUCCUAUAGCUGUCUCCCUCAGGUUCGUUGACUCUCAAGGGCGACUGGCUCCUUGUGCUGUCACAGUUGUAGCGACUUUGGACCCCGCUGUGAACUAUACAACGCUUGCUGGCAACACAACGCUUUUAUCAGUCAAUGGAGUGGUAAGCUUCGCCAAUCUGCUGGUUCAGAACUCUGUGCUUGCUUCUCCUGGUGCAAGAAUCAUCUUCGAAGCAGUCUGGAACGUAACAAGGCAAGUCACGAGCUCCUACUUCUUCGUUGCUCCGGGGCCUUACAACGAGUUUGUUUUCCUUGUCCAACCACCGUCAUCGGUUGUGGCUUCUAGGCCAUUUGACAAAUUGCCGUCUCAAUGUGCCUACGGCAUAAGUCCAAGAGACUCUUCGUCCCUUGGCUGCGGCCCCAUCUUGAGAUUGCGAGACUCGUCGGGAGUGCUUGAAACCAAAGGCUCUAUUCUGGUUCAAAUUUCACAAUGCUUAGAAUGUCAAAAUCCGAAUCCUUUAAACUGUCAGUGCACUCCAAUCAACUUCCCUCAGCUUCCUUCGACUUGCCUCGCAGCCAACGGAGGCUGCUGCAAACCAAUCAACCAGUCCAAUCCUGGCACGUUGGCCUUUCCCGAGCUGCAGUUGAACAGGCCAGUGGCAGACAUUUACUUGAUGGUCACCAGAUUCUCGGAUCUUGCUUGUUCUACUCCAUAUGUGGUUUCUGGCACCCAGCCGCGAAUUUUCAGUGUCAAGUUCCGCGUGCUCUCGUCUGACUAUCAAAGGAUCGAGAUUGACCUGAGAAGUUGUCCAGAAGAAGGCUCGAUUCUUGUUGCAGGGACCCCCCUCAGUCCCCAGCUAAAAGUGCUCGCAGUGUAUGAUACUCAGAAUGAAGUUGCAGUUACCAAUGGGAAUAAGGCUUUUGCUGAAAUCUACAUGAAACCUUCCUUGUAUGGCCUAUCCAAUAUUAUCUGUACCGACAAUGUCUUCGUGAAGCAGACGGGCUGUUUCCCAUACAACGGUUACACUAUCUUUAAUGGUUCGACCCCCUUUCUGGAGGCAGAUGGUACGGCAGAGUUUGCAACUCUGUCAAUAGCGUCAACCAAUGUGAUAGCAAGCAGCGACCGGACUCUUUCGAACAGAAAGUUCUUUCUCCGUAUCUUAGCUCGCAGUUAUCAAUGCUUUGACGACGGGACUUGUGGGUACCAAGGAAAGAUUGUGUAUGCCGAUUGUCCAUUUGGGUUCUAUGUUAAGGCAAACAAUCCUUCCCGGAUCGAGUUGAUCGUUCAGCCUGGGAACGGAACGGCGGGAGAAGCUUUAUCUCGACAACCCGUCUUGCAGAUCGUCGAUCAAUUUGGUAACUCCAUUCAGGAGCUACAAGAGGCCUUAUCCAUUAAGACCUCUCUCAUCACUGACGAGGUUGUUGCUUUUGAGUACGGCAGCAUCACGUUCGAUAAGGGCGCCAACUUUGAAUUCAACACAACAUCGACGUUGAUAGCCUUUGGAAGCAGCAACGUAUCUGCUAUCAUGCUCACUCAAGCUGGCAGCGGAUACAAACUUGGUUUCAAGCUUUCGAACAACGAGACGACAUUGCUCAGCAACUCGUUCGAUGUUGCAAAUUGUAGAGUUAACAAGGUGGCAAUACAGCCAGCAUACAUCCUUGUGGCUGCAGGAGAUUCUAUCUGUGGUGCAAGCGGUUCAGCAUGGGAGGAAAUCGACAGAGUCAAGCGAGUGAUUUUCAGUUGUGAUUGCAAGUUGGGAUCAGAUGGUAACUACAGCUUCAAGUCUUCGCUAGACCUCACGCAGUGCAGCUCAGUCUGCAAGGAGACGUUCGGGGGAAGAGAAGGAAUCUAUACAGAGAUAGACAUCGAGGGGGACCCUCGUACCGGCGUGCGAUCGCGAGACGUUAAUUUCUAUGUUGGAUCAACGAUACAGUUAUGGAGGGAGGGGUAUCAGGUACCUCCCACUACAAGCCAGAGGUGCUCGUGGUCGUUGGGAUGUGGCUUGUCCGGCAUCAUCUCCUCGUUUGAUGUUGAGAACCACACAGCGAAGGUGUCCUGGACUCGCCCGCUGGACUCUCCGAGCUCAUUGGCCAGCAUAAUGCCAGCACCGGGAACCACAUAUCGAAUAUUUCUGAAUGAAAGCAAAAUUUUCAAUCAAAACCAUCGCUGCGUUGCUAUUUUGCAGGAUGCCUUCGGAAAUCUGGUUGGCAAUCAAGAUUUCUUUGUAAACGUAUCCUUCACAGAAUCAGGAAUGCCAGUGAACUCUCGUUUCCUACGAGGUGAGACGUUGUAUCGAACAGUGGGAGGACUGGGAUCAAUGGGAAACAUGUCUUUGACCAAAAGUGGACUUUACAAGCUACGAUUAGAGCUUCUGGGAGUAAUAGAUCUUGGAAAUGCAAGCUCAACACAGGAGAUCUUCACAGAAAUCGAUGUUAUGGUUGUGCAUAAUGUGAGAAAGAAGAUUUACUUCAAGCAGCAACUUCAAUCCCUUUCUCUCGUUGGAUUGCCCCUACCGAUUCAACCUCUGAUUGCAGUAACAGAUGAGUUUGACAAUCCGAUCCUCAACACAACUUGCAAAGAAGUCUCAGUGAGUCUUUCAUUGAGCAAGCUCAUCUUGUUUAACAAUGUUGGAAUGAAUGUCAAGCUCGUAGGUAACGUUGCUAGUCUACCACAACCAACUUGUGAUCUUCAUAAUUUGACUGCCACCUCGUCAAGUUCAAGUUCUUUUGAAGUUUGUUCCAUCGCCUUGCCACUUGUUGAUGGUCAGAUCCAGGUUCAAGGAAUGGGCACAAACGCCCAGAUUUCUGCUCAACAUCUCUUUUUGGAGGCUAGAUCAGGAUGCGAUGCUUGCAACUCAAACACUUCACAGCCCUGCAAAUGUUCGGAGCCUAGAGUCAGAGGAUCAGAUAUGUCCCAGCUCCUUCCUCAGCUGUCAAAUUGUAUCACCGUGUUGUCCAAUGAGUUUGCGAUGACUCUUCCGUUGAGCAACAUUUCCUUUGCAGGAUCGCAACCGGAUGUUUUCAGCUCUCAGGUUUCGGCAGGAAGUGCUAUUUCAGUCACUGCAGAGCUUCAGGACAAGUUUGGAAACAAACUGAAGCUGAGCCAGGAUGAAAUAGCCCUGAAACUUCAAAGCAGAUAUUGCAACAUGACGGGUGAAUGCUCUUCAUUCGAAGACGAGGAGUUCGAGAUCGGUGUUUGUCGAAACAAUGUGAUUAACGGACAAGCAUGUGUCUCUCCUUUUGCGCAUCUGUGUCAAUCCAUGUCGCCCAACCCAAGCCAAACUUCACUUCCAUGUGAAAGUGCGGUGUGUGGCGUUGGGUUCUGUAACACAAACUGGACAAGCGUACCUCAGAGUGGAGUUGUGACAUAUUCCGGACUAUCCAUCUUUCGUGCAAGCGGGGAACAGCUCAGGAAAAAUGGAGCAUACUCUAAUUGCCAUCGUUCGGAACUGGCACCGUGGUGUGUUGACAGCAUUGGGUUUGAGACUCUUCAGAACUUUUCAACGUACAGGUUUGCGUUGUAUGCUGUCUCGGACUUGUCUAUCAAGGCUUUCUCGAAACCAUUUGUGAUCAAGUCUGCAAACAAGGUGGAUCGACUUGCAAUUGUCUCUCAACCUUUCGCCUCAGUGGCGGGAGAGCCGUUGGGAACCAUCGUGAUUGAGCUGCGGGACCUCUACGAUAAUUUGGUCCUUUCAACAGUGAGUCUUCGUACUCAGAUUCAAUCGAGCCCUGUUCAGCAGGCAAGCGGCUACCGAUGUCAAGGUCAAGUAUGCUCCAAUGCUGACAACAUCUUUUGUAGCAAUUCUGAUGCUGCAGGAAGCAAGGCGAUCUGUGAGGCUACUUGUUACCAAACACAGCGAUGUGUGGGGUAUACUUACUAUCAGCAGACGUCAACGUGUCAGUCGAUGUACGGCACCACAUGCUCAAAGAAGUUUUCAUGUUACCUUGCUUACGAUAUUUGUGUACCCCAGGAGGACUUGGAUGGUGCAGCACUCACGUUUUUCGGGAGGAUAUUAGGAGUGAACAGCAUUGUCACAUCUCGUGGGGUUGGUGUUCUAUCUGGCUUGUCUUACCAUCUUUCUGGAAAUCUGAGCCUUCGAUUGUGUGUUGCUGAUUCUUGCUUGUUGAACACUGUCACAGCUCCUAUCAAGAUCGUUGCAGGACCUGUUUCGGACAUAAAGUUGCUUUCGCCCGAUACCAUUUCCUUUGACAUGUUUACCAAGUCGGGAUACGUGCCACCGGAUGCUAUAAUCAAUGAGAAGUUCAACAUCAAUGUCGUCGUGCUCGAUAAAUUCGGCAAUUUGAUCCUGGAGCCUGUCUGGCUUUAUGCAUCAAUAAAUCAAUCAGCCCCAGGAUCCUAUAUGUUUGGAGAGACCACUAAGAACUUGUCAACUGGCCUCACUUCUCUUUCGCUGGGGGUUUCAGGCCCUCCUGGAACAUAUGCGUUGAGGUUUGCUGCCAUUGGUGAGAUGAACGCGUCAAAUAUCUCGUUGGAAUCAGUGUGGAGAGGAGAAUCUGUUUCGAAUAUAUCAUAUGCAGUUGUUUUUUCCUCUUCGUUCGAGAUAUCCAGCCCAGCGAUUUCUUGUAAAGUUGUUGUUUGGCCAACCAAAUUCGUUGUUUUUGAUAUCCUCAAUCCGUUUCCCAUCAUAGCCGUGUAUGAUCAAAGUUCUCGCGUAGCAGUUCGGUCAAAGUUGAAAGUGACUGCGACCAUCCCGAGCGACCAAGGAAUACUUCUCGGAACAACUCAAGUAAGGUCGCAGCAAGGGUAUGCUAACUUCAGUAGCAUCACGGUAUCACGAGAUGGACUGGCAGUAGUUGACUAUGUUUCAACCUCCUUCACCUUCGUCGUGUCGAAUGAAAUAGGGCAGACUUUCUCUUGCCCCGCUGACUUUGCAAACACAGGGGUGGUGACCCAAGUCUACCUGCCGAAAGCAGGACAGACAGUGUUUUCAAUCGCGUCGGUGAUUCCGUCCUCAGCCACAGCUGGAGCUAUUCUUCCCAACGUGCGAGUGUCGCUAGUGAGCGAGGGCCUUUACAGGUAUUCCGGUCGUUAUGCUCGGAUCUUCUUCCAGAAUGUCACUCAGUGCUCAAAAUAUUCCAAAUUGUGUGAAAGUAAGCAAGGAGUUGCCAUAGAAGGAGAUACGGAAACUUUUAUGUGGAAUGGCACCGCCACCUUCACAAACCUCCGGAUUACAACUUCUGGAAUCUUUUCUAUAAGAUUCGAGACAGAUAUUUAUGGGAAGAAUCGUUUUGACGUGGCUUCCAAGCAGUCAAUAUCUGUCAAAGAUGCCGGGUUAUAUAGUCUUUCCAUCUUUCAACAGCCAGUUUCAGGUACUGCUGGAAUCGGCAUGCGACCUGCGACAGUCUUGACCCUCAGUGAUCGUUAUGGGAAUUUACAUACCAACACAUCUCUGACAAUUGAAGCAAACAUUGGCCAGAAUCCAGUUCCCGCUGGGAUAAGUUGUUGGAAUUAUCUCAGUGAAUUUCAACUACCCACAAGCUUAGAACGACCUUCAACGCUUUGCGGUCAAUUGAUUCGAUCAGGAAGUCAGGACGUGAGCGUGGGGUCGAUCACGAUAACUUCAAGUGAAGGUGUUGCAGCGUUUGAUUGCAUUGCUAUUGAUCUUGCUAAGUCAGGAUAUACUUUCAUGUUUGCAGUCUUAAACUCAAAUGUUCGAUGGAUCAUAGAAUCGCAAAAAUUUCAAAUCAUUGCCGGCGUACCCUCGGAAAUCAUCAGCGUGGUGCAGCCGUCUGUCUUGCCUCGAGUGACAGCAGGCGUGGCAUUCAAAGAGUUUCGAACACCGAGGAUUGUGAUUGUAGAUCGUUUCAAGAACCAAGUUUCAUCCGGCAUAUCUUCAUUUGUGACGGCUGGCCUUGAUGUAUCAUCAGCAAGAACGAUUGAAGGUUCAUCCUUUCAAAUCAACACUUUCAAUACGUCGAAGUUUUUGCUCAAGGGGGUUUCCAAUCUUUCUAUUGCCUCGCCACUGGUUGAUUUCCCAGACAUAUAUGUGAUUGCUUCUAUCGCAAAUGUCAGACUUAGAUUCGAUGUCGCAGCUCUCACUGGAUACAGCAAUUACUUCACUGUCGUCUCCUCGCCAUAUGCUUUUGCAUUGAAGGCGUUAGUGCAACCCGCUACAUGCCUCCAAGGUGAAACCAUGCCGAUCGUUCCUGCCGUGAUCCUCCUGGAUUACUUUGAAAAUGAGAUUUUCGACGUAGAUUAUCUUGUCCUCCUCUCAGUGGUUUCGGAGAGCACAUUCCAAUCUCCUACACAGACUCAGAAACAAUGUGAAAAAGUGCUCGGUAUGUCGCAGUCCUUGACAAUGCACGGCAAAGCAAUUUUCCCAGGGAUCCUAGUCAGCGCGAACCCUGGACUGUACAGACUUCGGUAUGAUAUCGGAGAUCUCGUAAACUCAUCGAAGUUCACAGGAAUCUUCAGUAUUCCAGAAGCUCUGAAGCACAUGAUGCAAAAGCCGCUUUUCUCGGAUCCCUUCCAAGUUUUACCCACAGGAGCAUACCUUGGAUUCUCUCCAUAUGCAUGGACGCUGUGCUCUAAUUUCUCUGAUUCAUCCACGUGCCAAGCCGGAUGUAAAUGGAUCGAGGAGAGAAAGGAGUGCGUCGGCUUCGAAGAUGCCGCAGUCGGAGAUCCUCUCGUGCAACAACCAAAGAUUUCAAUCUUCAACGCAAUGGAUGAAUUGAUUUAUCAAUUCAACGGUCAUCAUAUUCAAGCCUCAUUGAUUUCAAACAAUUUUAACGUGAGUGGCUGGUUGUCAGGAAAUCGUACCGUAACAUUUAUGAAUGGAACAGCUCAUUUUACUGACCUUGCCAUAUCACGAGUUUCACAAGGAAUUUCCUUGGUAUUCGAGCUUUUAGUUGCUGGCUCUGAUCAAGUCUUCAUGACGGUGCAGUCGCCUCGCUUUAACGUUUACAGCCCUAUAGCACAAAUCAACAUCACUCAACAUCCUCAGGAUACAAUGAUUGGAAGUAAUGCACCUUCAAGAAGUGUUCAGAUCCUGCUGUUGGAUUCGGAAACCAAUGUUGCAGCGUACAGCUCCGGCUUCGUUUCUGUUUCAUUGAUAGGAAGUAGAUAUCCGCGUUGUCCUCCUGCUACAAAGACUCUAUCUUUGCCGUCCGACAAGAUCCAAGGGAUUUGGUUGAAAUAUUCCAUGGCUAUCACCAAUGUAUUUCAGUUCAAUCCAAAUGACUUUGUCGAUGGCGUCAACACGAUUGACGUGAACGAAUUCAACCUGCUGUUACAAAACGAGUUUUCGGUGCAAGUGGACAUGGCGACUGUUCUCUCAAUAUUUCAGCGUUUUGAUCUGGGAGGACAAUUGAGUGACGAAGGAAUUGUCAUUCCUGACAAUGUCUUGAGCAGAGAGGAAUUCUUUCAGGCUACCAGCAGGUGCAUGUGUAAUGUUGGUUAUGGCGCUGGAAUCAUAAACCUCAACUGGGAUGCACUGACAGCAAACAUGGAGUAUCAGAUCGUAUCUCAAGACUCUUGUCACCCCCUCCUUACCUGUGAUCCGGGGUUCUUAGGCCGGGCAUGCAGAUUGGCGAACUCGAAAGUCGCGCGAGACCUUCCUCGUCUCUCCUCCUUGACAGGGCAGACAAAAGUUCCGAUCGUCUACGGCAGGGCGACAUUCACAGACCUCCAGGUCUUGGAAGCUGGAACGAACAUGAGCUUGAAUUUCAGUACUCAUGGCAUCUGGGUAGAAUCAAAGAAGUUCUCAAUAUAUGCCGGGGUGCCGUCGAAAGCCAUCUUUCUGAAUCCAGCGAAUGGUUCAACGCUCCGAGCAGGGCUUGUUCCUGAUAUGAAUGUAGCAUUCCUCGAUGCCUUCGAGAAUGUCCAGUUGAGGGGAACAGCAUACAUCUUUCUUGAACAUCUUGAAAUCCACAAAUUUUCGUCCGAUUGCAUGAAUUCUUCACAAGUAUUACCUUGCAACAGUUGUCCCGAUACAGAUGGCGAUAUUUGUCCAGACUUGAGUCUGCAACCAGAUUCAUCAGCAGAAUUCCGAUUGAAGCAAAAUGUUGAAGGGAGAAAGCUUGUAGUGGAUACAUCCCGAAUGGAUGAAUUAAUCAUCUCAAUCAGAUCAAGCACAGGAUAUUAUCUUGUUAACGAUUUCCAAACAAUACAGGAAUCCUGGCAGUACAACAACGUCAGAGCUGGAGAGGAGAUUGUUCCUUACCCCAGCUGCAUGAUCACAGAUUUCUAUGGCAAUCUUGUACCAGAUGAAGACCGCCGUGUGGGACUUGUGAUCCGAGACAGUGACAUCGAUGAGUUUGACUUGGAAGCUGCAACCAGAAAGUACAAGGUAUGGCCGCCAUAUGUGGGAACCGCAGAAAAUGCGCCUGGAAACUUCAUCGACCUCAAGUUCACUCAAAAUCCCAAAUAUUCAGACAUAUCUUCGGACGACAUCGACGGUUGUUCGCCAAUCGGGCAACCAACAGCAGGGGAAAGAUAUUUCGUGUCACACAAUCUGACUUACUGGAAGCAAUAUUACGAAUUUGUCAAUGAAAGCAUCACUGUUGGAAAUGCACAACUAAGAGGAGCAUUUGAUUGCCCUGAUCGUAAGAUUUGUCUUGCGGAUGGAACCAAUUGUGCCUGCUUAGUGAAGUUACUGCCUCCGAAUCGCAACGAAAACUACGAUAUUUGCGAGGCAUGCUCCUCCCGAUCUUUGCCAAUGGGCCUUCCCAUGAAUUACACCAGGCAAGGCCGCGUUAUCUUCAGCAAGAUCAUUUGCAGAAAACCGAGGAAGGGAUAUCGCUACAGGUGUAUCAGCCCCUCAGGUCUCCAAGAUGCGUCUCAGCAAAUUUCUCAGUCUCAGCUCCGCGAUAUCCAGUGGGACUUGCGAACUGCGAGAAAUCCUCCAAUCAGUUUUAUUCAAGACACCACGUGGGGAAGGUAUCAAGCCUCUCAGAGCUUGAGAUGGGAAGACACCAGCGGAAACGUCCAUCCCAAUGCCAGCAUAUGCAAAGCAUUGUGCCAGAACGACACUGCAUCGGUGGUGAAAGCCCUAUUGCCAGGCACAAACGUUCUUUUAGAUGUGAACAUCUACGAUACUAAGUCUAGCUGCCCAACGUUUUGCUGGAAGUACAGCUAUCCCGUUUAUCACAAUCCAUCAUUCUCUUAUGUGGUGCCUGAAUCACCUGGAUUGAGCCAACCGUUCAAGGUUGUGUCAGGAGACGUUCAGCACCUGCACGUGCUGUCACCGGUUAUAUCAUCGUUUGUUGUGCAACAAGACAUCACCCUCCCGCUAUCCAGCGAAGUAUCUUCUUUCCUCUCAUCCAGUUGCAUGGAAGGCAGCAAUCCGAUCGACAACAGCUUCAACUGCACCAACCGAGCGAGUUUCUUUGAAAUGUCUGACAAAUAUUUCAAUCCCAAUCGGACGAAUCUUGGAUACGCGAAUGUCACGUUGAGCCCUGGCAUAGACAACAUUGGUUCAGAAAUCUCUGGCAACUUGACAUCAAACCUUGUUAACGGAGCAGGGUAUCAGCUUUUCUUUACUUACAUUGGAAAAUAUUCGGACGGAAAUGACGUCACACAGCUUUCUUUUCCAUUUGUUGUCAAGCCUUCCCCACCUUCUCUUCUAGGGGUAUCAUUUGGCAAGGACUAUCUCAGUAUUGAGUUCACAUUUGAUAAGGAUACAAACCAAGGAUACAUGAAUUACGUCGAUUCAUGCAGAAGUUUUCACGAUCUGCUACUCCUCCAAGUCUCGAACAACACUGAUUAUGUAGCGCCUAAUUUCACGUGCUCAUGGAUCAAUCCAAGAACAGUAUCUUUGCUGCUCCAACCAAGCUCCCUACUUCAUCCCGGCGAUCUUUUUGUCCCUUCUUCAACUGCUCCAUCGAUGGAUAUCACCUAUUCUAUUGAAAUCAACAACGGAACGGAAUCGCUCACUUCCUUGCCGUGGAAAAGUUCGUACGAGUGUCAGAGUGACGCUUGCAAUCAGACUUUUGAUGUCACUCAGUCUGAAUACUUUCAGAAGAGCUUUCUGACCUGCCCAACGAUGAGUCUGAAGGGACAGCCAAUCGAGUAUACAAGGACAUGCUACAUGAACAUCAAUGGGAUUUUUGUCAAAGAUAUCGAAGCGUUCUCUGCUGUCGGUCGUGAUUGGGUCAUAGUAGCAAGUUACUGUCAGAUGGACUAUCGAGAUAACAAGAAGUGCCUCAGCCUUUCAGGUUCUGUCGACGUGUACGAACUCUUGCAGUGGAACGUGAAUGGCAUCAGCGGUACGGCACUAUUUAUGCAACAAAGUCUCGCAGUUGCCGGGCCGGUCGACCUUCAAAUCAUUAACAUCGAGUCGGACCCAAGUGUGACUUCUGCUCUUUUAGCAGUGGCUCAAUACUACAACGGAACUUCUUACAGCCAAAGCACUCUCAUUUACGACUGGAGCUCGGACUCUAAAACCUUUACUCUCCACCAGGAGAUCCCUUCUUCUGGUGCUAUUCAAGUGAAGGCUAUGUCAUUCGGGCCCAAGGACUAUUUCUUGGUACUUGAAGACUCGGGGAAAUGCAGGAUGCUGCAAUGGACCCCUCAGACAAUCGUGCUUGUCGGCGAUCAGUACAGGGUACUGCCUGGCAGGUAUAUCGAAGUGUUGGCGAUUACAAGCAGUGGAGAUGCAAGCAACAUGGAGUCCUUGAUUCUAAACAAUCAAUGGAUUCUCUUAAUAAGUAAUUACCGCGAUAAGUCUCAACGAUGUCAAGCAACUGUCUGCAAUCAAGAUCCAAGAACGCUGAGAGCAAAGGCUGAUGUUAUUCGUUUGAGUGCUGCUGCAGUAAUCAGCAGUUUUGUGCCAUAUCCGUGCAAUCAGAGUCAAAACGAAUGUCUCCCAACCCGAUGGUGCAUGAUAAACACCGUUGCAAACAUUUCUUUUCAAGAGUUGGAUUCAUCCACUGCUGAAUACCUAAUCCCAGGCGCAUACGUGCAGCUUGAUGAUGAGAUCAUGAUGGUUGUUGAUUCGCAGUCCUCUCUUGCUGAUGGUCAGCUCCAACAAUUCGACACCAAGUUUGCAAGCGAGGCUUUCGAUCUCAUGGACAACAAGACGACAAAAGACGGCGUCGUCAACCUCGAGUUGGAAGGGGAUCCGUUUGUUACUCCGAGAGACUAUCGUAAGGCCUGGUUCGCACUUGGCGAGAACUCUUACAGGAUAGAUAAAUUCGGAGCUCUCCUGGGCGAAAUAGACGGCCAUUCAUAUGUCAGACGGAUCAAUCUGGUCACGGUCGAUCUCAAUUGCGAUGGCGCGCGUGACGUUGUGGUCGGGACUUCACAAGGCAGAUUAAGACUGUUCAUAAACAAAGGGGCGGGUGCUUGGGCAGAAGAAACUGCCAACAAUCAGAUUCCCGGAUCAUUACUAUCGCUAACUUUCCCACGUGGCAGAGUUGCUCCAAGUUUUGUGGAUUUGAAUGGAGACGGAAAUCUAGAUCUGGUUGUUGGAUUGGAGGAUGGGAAGUUGCAAACUUUUUACAGCAAUGCUUCCUCAUCAAAUCCCCCCAUUUGUACCAAACUAUCAGACGCAACAUUCAGUCGCGCCUUUACCGAACCGUUUCAAUCCGUCAACGUUUCCGGAAAUGCGAAGCCAACAUUCUUUGAUGUAAACUCUGACGGUCUACCGGAUCUGCUCCUGGGAGAGAAAGAUGGGGUGCUGUCUCUAUGCCUGAACCAAGGAACCUCUAAACAACCACUAUUCAAAUUCGAACAAAAAGUGAUGGUUUACACUAACUCCUUCCUGCAGAGCUUAGCUCCAAGUUUUGUUGAUCUCAACAAAAACAACAAAUCAGAGAUUUUGGUUGGAACCGAACAAGGAAAGAUUUUGAUUCUAACCGCUAGAAAUCUCAGCUCUCCAAUCACUUAUGCUGGUCUGGACGAUGAAAUCCCUCCAAACAUAGGCUCCUCCAACCUGAGCACCCUUGGCUCUGCCAGUUCGCCUGUUGUCAUAGACUUCAACGGCGAUGGUCUUCUUGACAUCGUCAGUGGUCACUCUAUUGGCAACAUCGAAGUUUUUGUACAGCGAGAAUCCGAUAAUGUUCUUGUCAAAGCCUCACCUUGUCGGGGAGCCCAGGAUUCCAAUGCUACCAACGUCUGUGGGUUUUCAUCGCUCAAUAGUGAGACCGAGAGCUUCAGAUUUCUGCCUAAGGCCGCUUACUUGAAAGUCUUUACUGGCUUUCGCUGUAUGCGACCAGUCUGCAAUUGCACAAUAGCUUCGGAGGAAUGUGCUAAAAAUCCAUGUCAUGGCAUCGAUGAAUACCAUCACUUUUCUGGCACUAAGUUUGGUACUUGCGAAGAUUACGUGCCUUCACAGGUUCCAGGGAGCUGCUGUAAAGACCCAGGACCGUUUGGCUUCUUUGGGCCUUGCAGGAUCCCGGGACAAAUUACUGUACUGAGAGGUCAAAAUGGAACCAAAGCGACAGAUGCUGGCAAUUGCGUUUACCAGCAAGCGGACAAUCCCAUUCCUCAGCCCUGCAACAAUCAAAGUGACUGCUUCUGCUCUGCUGGUGCUCGGCAAGGCUUGUCCUGCCUCCAAUCGCUUGAUUGCCCCGCUCACAUGCCUGGGACCAGCUUGAUUGUAUUACCAGUGACUGUUGCCCUCCACCAAUCCAAUCCAAUCAUACAGUUACCUUCGUUUGGAGCCAAAGAUAUCUCAGGCUUUGAAAUUGAAAACAAGGCUUUUGUCGCCGUAGCAAACUACAACAGCGGAUGUAUGUCUCGAGGAUAUAUCCAAGAGUCCUUCAUAUUCGAGAUUGAUACAAAGCUCAAGCAAUACAAGAAAGUACAGAACAUCUUCACCGAAGGCGCUGCUGGCCUUACUACCUUCUCAACAACCGCCAUGUCGAACCCAUCGAGCAAUGACGUUGUCUCGCACUACUUGAUGGUCGCCAACUCGAGGAAGGAAAGAAGCACUUUGGCGAAUUCGGACCUCUUCAUUUGGACGCAACAACGGAGUUUCUGCGGAAAACCGGUAUCGAGCAUGUCUUCAAACUCGUUGAUUUCGCAGUCGCACUUAUACACUCUCAACAAUGACCAAGUGAAACCAAUUGUCGAUCUCCAAGAGAAGAUGGUUGUGGGACCUUGCGAUCCUUUCAUUCUGGAUGCUAGUGCUUCGCUCGGGUCCGCUGGGAGGUUGUUCAGAUCCAUUCAAUGGACUGUCGUGCAAGCUCCUUCGGUCAUUCGAGGGAAUAUGUCCCAGUUUCUGCAAGAAAUGAGUGGACUCUAUGUCGAAAUUCCUUCGAACUUGUCAUGGUUUUAUCCAGAAGGUACCUAUGUAAUCAAUCUGCAGCUUAAGAACUGGCUUGGACAAUCUGCUUCGAAGACAGUUACAAUCUUGAAGAACUCAUCUCUCGCUUUCAGUGUGAAGAUUCUUCAGAAGUACGACAGCAUCUUUGCAUUUGAAUCGCUAUCAAUGGACAGUAUGCUGACUGUUUCUGAUCCAACCUGCUUGCCGUCCAGCUUUUAUGGCGGAACCUUGAGUUGGAUCAUUUUCUCAGGUGCCAAUAUGGUCUUUCAAUCCUCAGGCAAAUCCUUCAGCCUUCCCCCAUACAGUCUGACUCCUGGGAAUACAUACACCAUUGAGUUGAAGGCAACCAUGGGCCAGUCACAAACUGCAGAUUUAGCGACAGUGCGAGUUGGUUUUGCAAAAGCGUUUGCUGGCAUAGCUGGUGGAGAUCGAACGAUAUCGCUCUGGGACGAGAAGAUAACUGGAAUUCUCAUUCCUGACGUCAUUUUGAAUGCUUCUAGCUCGAGGAAUGUCAACCUUCCUGCAAGUAAUACUCUGUCAUAUUCCGGCGUCUCAGUUCAGUGGCUUUGCCAGUAUCGCAUGGAUUGGGUGGAAGUCGAUAUGCAGACGUGUCCAAUCGAGUGGUUCACUCCCGUCAAGAGCAUUGGAAAUCUUCGUCGCAGCAGAUUCCCUGUUCGCGCGGUCAGCCUUGUGUUUGAAGUUCAGGUUUGGGCUCUUGAUUACGCUUGCUUGGUGCAAGUCAGCAUAGGAAAAGCUACUCUACAAGAUUGCGGUGUCGAUCGCAACCUCGGAUACAGUGGAGCUCGUCUCGUGAUCAAUAUGGUACCGAGUAUGUAUGCUCCCCAGGUCUCCUUGUCCUUUAGGUCCAUGGAUGCGAUUUCAUACAAUUACAUGCAGACUGAAAGAAACUCCACGCUGAGCAAGCACGUGGUCCGUGCAAGUGAUCCACUAGUCUUGCUGGCGCAGGUGACAGCAGAGGCCAACGUGGCGUCAGUGCGAUGGCGACUGGUCGGGGAGAGAGUCGUCAACUGUAUGAGGAGAGAGGACUGGUGCUUCUCUUCCAACAUCUUGACAAGCGCGUGCCCUGUCAACGGGUCGCUUGAGAGCCUUUACCAGUCUUGUACAGAAAGCAGCUACCAAGCCAAGAUCAUGGCCUGCACAACGAUGUGCCAAUACUACCUGGGAAUCCGUUCCCACGUUUUUGAUCAAGCGAGAGGAGAUUACACGUUUGAAGUAUCUGUGACAGAUGUUCUUGGCAACACUGGGGUUGCAUCCGUUGCAUUUUCGUUCAUUCAAGCUCCAACGCACGGUCAUGUCAUGGUCACUCCUGGCACAGGACGACCUCUGUCCACCACGUUUGUCAUCGUAGCCUCAUACUUUGUGGAUGUGGCGAACAUCACAAGCCCGUUGUUGUAUUCUAUCGGGUUGCAGCGUCGAGACUGCACUUUCUCUCCCUGCACUAUCUUGUUGUCGCAGAAGAGUUGGAAGAACUCUAUCCGCACAGUCUUGCCUGAAGGGACCUACAUCCCCUUUGUCAAGAUCUACAAUCGAGAUGGCGAGAUGGCUACGGUAUCAGGGGAUGAAGUCAUAGUCAAGACCGACGAUCCCUCCAGCUUCUCGAUGUCUCUCAAUUCAAGCUUGACAAAUGCUUUGAAUGGAGUGGAUUUGGACUUGACAUUGUUGGCUGUGCUUGCAGAAAGCCUCAAUUCUCCGUCGGUUGUCAAUACGCUUACAGAAAGAAAGACCAUAGUAUCCCUGCUGAGCUCAACGCUGACAUCCACUCAGACGAGUGCAGAGACGGCAUUACGAUAUGUCAGCAUUGUGCUUUCGCUUCUGCAGGACUACUCCAAGUUAGACUCGGCGAUUGUCUCCGACAUCAUUUCUCUGUUGAAUAGAUUGGCUCAGACUGUCAUUUCUCAAUCAUUGUCAAACUCUCAAUAUUUCUCAACCUUUGAAGUCACGACCAUCCCAGCAGAUAUGGCAACUCUGGUUUCCGCUGCGCAAGGUCAGAUUUACAAAUUUAGCCUUAAAGGCAACGUGCAGGUCAUUACAAGGAGAGCUAUCAAUGCUAAUGAUUAUAGUCAGCGUCUUUCUCUCUUGAAUUUGAUCAACAGCAUGGUAGUGCUAAAGCUUUCUAGUGCAGCUGUGGGGGAGAAAGUGGUGCUUCAAAAUGACGUUUUGCAAUUGCUCGCAGUAGUGAUCGCACGACAGGAUUUCAAUGAUUAUUCCUUAAGUCUUGAGUCAAGUACUCUCGCCGGAGAUGACAGCUGUAUGCAGGCAAGAGACAUCCGGCAAUGCUGCUCUAAGAAUGGAGGAGCUCUUUGCUGCCUCGACUCUCAGUGCCCGACUGAAACCUCCUCUCAAGGGUCGAGCAGCCCGUUGAUUCUUCAACUGCCUUCGUCACUUCCCUACGAGCUCACGUCAUUGGGCAACCAAUACUUCCAGGCCUAUGCAUCUGUUUCAUCUGGGAACUUCUUUCAGGGUUUGAGUGACCAGGUGCUGCUCUCUCCAAACUCCUACAUCUUCUCGCUUUCUUCUGGAUCGUCGCCUUCUGUUCAAACAACCUUCUCUGGAGACUUCGCGUCCAGCGAGCUCACGCUGAGGAUCCCCGUCACUGAACAACUUGUUCGUGAUGCUCAGAGCAAGGCAGAAAACAAACCCGGCAAACCAGGCAUCGUUCCGUCCUGCAUCAGGUGGGACCUCACCUUGCAGCAGUGGACGUACGUGGGCAUCAGGCAAUCCUCUGGGUUGAGCUCAAUUCAUAAGUUCUGCAUGAGCACAGGAGUGAACAAGACUUGCUUUCACUACCUGGAGUGCUAUUCUAAGACCGUUGGCACCUUUGCAAUCGCAGAGGCUGAGCUAGACUGCACGGGAAUCCCUAACGGUGGUGGGCGUUACGACUUCUGUGACGUGUGUCUGGGGGAUAACAGCACCUGCUCGGGUUGUGACAGGAACCCGAAUAGCGUGCAAGAUGGAAUCAUACUGGAUAGAAACUGCUCCGGGCAUGGGAGAUGUGAAGGCCUCGCGUGUCGAUGCUGUGCAGAUCAGAACGUUUCUGCGGCAGCUUGCCCGUGGUACGGCGAGAUGUGUCAGAGGUACUGCACGAGAGAUCCUAACAGCAUCGGAAUCCACUGCAACUCCCAUGGAUUCUGUGCCAAGUCAGGCACAACUUGUGUCUGCGACCAGGGCUACAAGAACUCUUACUCUGGCUUGUGCAAUGAGAAGAUUAUCGUCGCCAAAACUCCGCUCGACGUUGUUUUCAAGUGGGUGAUGAUGGCAGGAGUGCCGGUGAUAGUCGUCGGCUUUCUCGUCGCCGUCUACCUCUACCGCUUGGUCAGCAUCCAGCAGGGCAAGAUCCUAGAGGGUCAGAAGGUGGUGCAGGACAUAGUGCUCAAUACUCUGCCGCUCCCGACCCAAGAAGAGAUCAGCAGGGGAGGCAACACGACUGAGGACGACGCGCACGCAGGAAGAUCGAAGAAGAAGGCGGACAAGUACAUCGAGUUCGAUCCGGACAGCAUCCUCGCGGAGAGAGACUUGAACGAGGUCACGACUGUGCUGCACAAGUCAAAGCUCGAGUCUCAGUCGGCGGCUGCCAGGGACGAACUUACUAAGCGGUUGGAUGAGAUGAGCAAGAAGGCAGCAGCGACGAACCCUGACGCCGAGAGGUUUGUAGCUGCCAAGAAAGAGGAGCUUCUUCGCGCUGCAUCGCGUUGGAACGUCUCCAACUCUCGUCCUGAGCCAGUCAUGAGCGGAGGGCUGGUAUACGCAGCCGAUCGUUUGUCUGUGCAGCAGAGGUCGAGGCAGAACGAGGCCGUGCGUCGCAACUUCUCGGAGACGAUGCCGGAGAGGCUGAAACAGCUGAUGAGGAGAGUUCUCUUCGUCGAGAGGCUAAAGACGGACCAAGAGGAGCCAGCCAACGACGUGCCCCUCAUUGAGAAUGGAUCGAGUAACAACAGAGCAGACGGCGUGAUGAAGGAUAGGAACGGAUUCCCGUUAGCCAGUGUGUAG